GUCCUAAAAAAGGGCUGAAAAACUCAGCUUAUACUUGAGUAUAUAAAGUAUACACUUUGGCUUGGGAAGUUUUCCUUUCCUCGUCCUCUGCCUAGCUGCAAGCUUUUUAGCUGCAUGUGCAUUGAGGAAGAUGGAGAAAUAGAUUAUAUCAAAGUGUGUUGCAUCUGUCCAUUAAGGCUGGCGCAUCAAUGUGUUCCGAUACACUUGUCAUGCGCCUCCAAAAGAAAGAGCUUUGAUGGCGGUGGGAUGUCUAGUGUCCUGCGGAUCAUCCGCCUCCUUUGCGUGCUUCCUGACCUCCUCCUCCCUGCUUUUCCUGCCCAUCCAUCCAUCCAUCCUCCCCUUUUUCCUCUCUCUCUCUUUCUUUCUCUCCGCCUUCCUUUCCCUUUUUUCUUUGCUCACUCCUUUCUUUUCAUUCCUCCUUCUCAAGGGAGAAGGAAACAUAUCCAUUUCCCCCAAUGGGCUCCCCAACUGGUGCCACUGGCCUGCUAAUGCUGCCUCCCUAAUUCUCCCAUCACUUUGGAACUGGGAGAACUGGGAUCCUCCAUUGACUUCUGAAGAUGCCAGUGGCCAUUGGGUUCCUGCUGCUUGCUCUUUUCUUCCAUGGAGUGUCCUGCAAACAGCUGAAAUCUCCUUCUGAGCAUCAAGCGGGAGCCGUUCCCUUUGCGGAGGUCUGGCGCCGGAGCUACUGCCGCUCCCGGGAGACGCUGGUGGACAUCUUGGCCGAAUUCCCGCACGAGGCCGAGCACAUCUUCAAGCCGCCGUGUGUCCCGUUGUGGCGAUGCGCCGGGUGCUGCGGGGAUGAGAGCCUGGAGUGUGCCGCGGUGGAGACGCGCACCAUUGACCUGCAGGUGGUGCGUGUGAGCCCCAUCCUGGGCAAAACACGGCAAGAGGCCAUGACGUUCACGGAGCACACGCGGUGUGUUUGCCGGCCUCGGCGAAAACGUUUGAAAAAAGAGAGGAUCCACCGGAUCGGGGCCAAGAGGAAACCCCGGGAGCCAGAAACAACGUCUUCCGCUCCGCUCAGUUGUCAACGUCCUGAUGAAUGGAGACAUGACGCUUCGGAAGAAGUCCAAGAAGAAACAAUGGAUAUGACUGAAACCGAGAAUGUGCCCGGAAGUUGGCCUGCUGCAACAUGAUGCAUCUACAGUGAAGAAUUAAUUACUCUAUUAUUACUUGUAUUAUUUUACUCUACUAUUAUUAAAAGGAUACAUAAGCACAUUGA